AUGGCAUCUGCUCCGAAGAAUAUGGCUACGCAUACCGAGUUCGCCCCGUCGGAGGGCAAGCCUGAGAACGUUGAGCUCUCGGAGGGCGCCCCGACGAUCGAUGAGGAGACCAACAGGAGGCUGCUGCGCAAGAUUGACAUGCGGUUGAUGCCGGUGAUGUGCUUCACGUAUGCCCUGCAGUACUACGACAAGGCGUUGCUGAGCCAGGCCGCCAUCUUUGGUCUGCGAGACGACCUCGGGAUCCAGGAUGGGCUGAAGUACUCCUGGGUCUCGCUCAUCUUCUACUUUGGCUACAUCGCUGGCUGCUACCCGAUCUCCUGGCUCUCGCAGAGAUUCUCCAUCCGCAAAGUCUGCCCGAUCAUCUGCUUCCUCUGGGCCAUCGUCGUCAUCUGCACCCCGGCCUGCACAAACUACGCCGGCAUGCUCGUCAACCGCUUCAUGCUGGGCCUCAUCGAGAGCGGCGUCUCGCCGGCCUUCAUGCUCUGCACGGGGAUGUGGUACACACACUCGGAGCAGGUCUUCCGCUCGUCCCUCUGGUACUCCUUCAGCGGGGGCUCGAACAUCAUCUCCCCGCUGAUCAACUACGGCCUCGGCCACAUCACCGGCGGGUCCAUGCAUCCAUGGCAAUACAUGUAUCUGAUCGCGGGGCUCGCGACGCUCCUCUGGUCCGUGGCGCUGUGGUUCAUCUUCCCCGGGAGUCCCGAAGAAGCGCACGGCUUCACGCCCGAAGAGCGAAGCAUGCUCCUGGAGCGGGUGCGCGCAAACAACGCGGGUUCCGAGAACAGACACUUCAAAUGGUACCAGAUGCGCGAGGCCCUGCUCUCCUACCACUUCUGGCUCAUCUUCCUGCUCUCCACCCUCUCGAGCAUCGGGUCCGGCGCUGUGACGACCUUCGGCUCAAUCAUCUUCAACGGCAUGGGGUUCUCGACCUUCCAGUCGCUGCUCCUCAACAUGCCCAUUGGCGCGCUGGCGUUCAUCUGCGUCCUGGGCUCCGGGUAUAUCGGGCGCAGGGUCCCGAAUGCGAGAUUACAUGUCGUCAGUGGCGCCUGUGUCCCUGUUAUAUUGGGAAGCUGUUUGAUAUGGCGCCUCCCCUCCUCUGAACGCGCCGCCCGCAUCGUCGGCUUCUACCUAAUCAACUUCUUCUCCUCAGCCUGGGUGCAGUGCAUCGCCAUGGGGACGUCCAGCGUCGCCGGGCACACCAAGAAAGCCACCAUGGCCGCGGGGACGUUCAUCGGGUACUCGCUGGGCAACAUCAUUGGGCCGCUUACAUUCGACGCGUAA